GGAGGUACUGCGCAGGCGCGGGGCCUGGCGCAGGCGCAGACUCCGCCGGCGGCGGUUGGCGGCGCGUGGGGCCGGCGGGCGGCUGCGGUGAGAACCUGAACGCAGGCAGGGAGAGCUGCCGCCAUGGUGGAGAAGGAGGAAGCUGGCGGCGGCAUCAGCGAGGAGGAGGCCGCGCAGUAUGACCGGCAGAUUCGUCUCUGGGGACUGGAGGCCCAGAAACGGCUGCGGGCCUCUCGUGUGCUUCUGGUCGGCAUGAAAGGACUCGGGGCUGAAAUUGCCAAGAAUCUCAUCCUGGCGGGGGUGAAAGGAUUGACCAUGCUGGACCAUGAGCAGGUAUCUCCAGAAGACCCUGGAGCUCAGUUCCUGAUCCGUACUGGCUCUGUUGGCCGAAACAGGGCUGAAGCCUCUUUAGAACGAGCCCAGAAUCUCAACCCCAUGGUGGAUGUGAAAGUGGACACUGAGAAUAUAGAAAAGAAGCCCGAGUUGUUUUUCACUCAAUAUGAUGCUGUAUGUCUGACUUGCUGCUCCAGGGAUGUCAUAGUUAAAGUUGACCAGAUCUGUCACAAAAAUAGCAUCAAGUUUUUUACAGGAGAUGUUUUUGGCUACCAUGGAUACACAUUUGCCAAUCUUGGAGAGCAUGAAUUUGUAGAGGAGAAAACCAAAGUUGCCAAAGUUAGCCAAGGAGUAGAAGAUGGGCCUGAUACCAAGAAAGCAAAACUUGACUCAUCCGAGACAACCAUGGUCAAAAAGAAGGAGGUCUUCUGCCCUGUUAAGGAUGCGCUGGAGGUGGACUGGAGCGGGAACAAGGCAGAGGCAGCUCUGAAGCGCACAACGUCCGAUUACUUCCUCCUCCAAGUGCUCCUGAAGUUCCGCACAGAUAAAGGAAGAGACCCUAGCUCCGAUACCUUUGGAGAAGAUUCUGAGCUGUUGCUCCAGAUUCGGAACGAUGUGCUUGAGUCCCUGGGGGUGAGCCCUGACUUGCUUCCCGAAGACUUUGUCAGGUACUGCUUCUCCGAGAUGGCCCCAGUGUGUGCAGUGGUUGGAGGGAUCCUGGCCCAGGAAAUUGUGAAGGCUUUGUCUCAAAGGGACCCUCCUCACAACAACUUCUUCUUUUUUGAUGGUGUGAAGGGGAGUGGGGUCGUGGAGUGCCUUGGCCCCAAGUGAACCCAGGACUUGCAGCCCCGGAGACGCUGACCUGCAGCAUGCCUACGUGUGUUCCCCUGUCCCUGUCCCCCUACAGAGGCAUCUUCAGGCAAGGGAAGAAUGAAGGCGCUGGACCCAGACAAACCAUCUCCUGUGAGGUUGUGGGGACGUGCCUCUUCCGAGCACCAGCAGCUGCUAAACAAGGGACACAGGGCCUCCCUUCUCCAUCCCAGCUCUGUUCAGGACUGUGUGCAACCCAAGCCCUGCCAGCUCCCCUAAGUGGCAAUCACCCGAAAGCCCCCUCCACUGCCUUUCUCUGUCCUGGCGCCGUCACCACGCCCCAGCCCUCUGGGGCCCUGCGCGAGAUGCCUGCUGGGAGCCAGUGCACCUUGUUGCUUAGCCUCUUGCCAUUUUUUUGGACCUACUCCCCACCUGUUAUCAUACAGAGGAGCGUGACUUCAGUUGGGGAAUGAGGCCCAAGCACGAUGCCACACUAGUGGAACCUGGUUCCAAGUGCCGACAGGUGGUCUUAGAGGCAAAAAACAUGGCAGGCGGAAUGUAUUUCCUCCAGAGUUUGCGGUCUGAAAAACAACAGGUACCACCUGGUAUGUGGUGCGUGAGUUUUAGUUUAGGAUUAGUUGGGUCCAGCCUGGAUUUUGGAUGAGGGGAAAUGUUACCAAGUCCUCUUGGGUAUUAGGGCAAGACCUUGCGCAUUGAAUAUUAAUGGGAAAAUUUGUAAAAAGGCAGAUUCCAGGGUCCCACCCCUGGCGAUUGUGAUGUAUGGGCCGAGUGAGGAUGGAGGGCCCGCCUUCUUCGCAGCUCCGUCACCGCUGCAGCAGAACAGCCCUGGGGCUGCGGCACUUUGGGCUCAGGGGUCCCUCACUUACCCCUGGAAUCACAGCUGUCUGGGUUUUUUUUAUAUUUUCUGUACUUCCUUGGUUCUCUAAGAAGCAUUGAAUGAAAUAAAGUUAUUUGCUUUAGAGCUUG